AUGGCAGACUCGAGACUCCCUUCACCACCAUUCGUCUUCAUCGAAGGUCUCCCAAAUUUCCGGGACAUCGGUGGCUACCCGAUCGCUUCGCAGCCCGGCAAAGUCGUGCGCUCAGGCGUGGUAUUCCGGUCCUCGGAGCCGUCCAAAGUGACGGACCAAGGUAUUUCUGAAUUGCAAAGACUCAAGGUCACAGAUGUCUACGACCUGAGAUCACAGAACGAGCUGGAAAAGGACGCCAAAGCCGGCCAUGGCCGCCAACCCAAAGAAUGGGAAGGAUCGAGACGCAUAUUCGCCCCUGUUUUUCUAGACCAGGACUAUUCACCCGAAGCUCUUGCAAAGAGGUUCAAGAACUACGCUGAUAAGAGUUCUGAGGGGUUCAUCAAAGCAUACCAAGACAUCCUCAGGUCAGCCUCUGUACCAGAUAAUGAGGCGCAACCCUACCAGAACAUCCUGAAACAUCUUGCCACCUCCGAAGGCGGUAUUCCCGCACCAGUGCUGCUGCACUGCUCAGCCGGCAAGGACCGCACUGGCGUGAUCUGCGCUCUGAUCCUCUCUCUGUGCGGCGUUGAGGACGAUAUCGUGGCGCACGAGUACAGUCUCACAGACCUCGGUCUCAAGUCGCGCCACGGCGAGUUUAUGCGGCACUUGAUCAAGGAGCCCGCGCUCGGGGGCAACUCGGCGGGGGCGUGGCGCAUGAUAGGGUCCAGGAAGGAGAACAUGGUGGGAACCUUGAACAAGAUCCGGGAGACGUGGGGCUCAGUCGAGAAAUGCGUCAUCGAACUAAAGUUCCUGACCGAGGACGAGAUCAAGCAGUUACGCGAGAACCUCGUUGUUGAUGCCGCGGGACAGGGGGGCUCCCCACUCGACUGGCAGAAGCAUGCAGAGAUGGUUGUUAUUGCGCAGAAGGAGUCCGAGGCCGAGGCCGAAAGAAUAGUUGCUGAGAUGCAAGCGUGA